GUUGAUUUUGGCCUUGCUUCUGGUGUCAGAGUUGCAGCUUAGUGGACCUUUAUGUUUUGUUUGAUUCCACAGUCAGCUGCGUUUGCAGAAAGAAAGUUUGUAACACCUGAUUCCUGCACACAGUUUUUCUGGUUUCAAGCAAAAAGGGUGAUUUUUAAGUCAAACCACAACGUUGUUAACCAAUAUGGUAGUAACUCAAAUGCAAGAGAUAAUCUGCAGAAGUACAGCUGAAAAAUUCCUCCAAUAGAAAAAAAUUGAACCCAUACUAAGAGAUACUUGUGGCAGGGUGUUUAUAAUAUUUGGACCAAGUAUAACCAUAAAUGUAUUCAAUAACAGCUUAAAAUCACCAGAUUUUUAUAUCAGCUUUUAAGAAUGCAUCACAAUAUAAUCAGGUUUUUUUCUUCCAAGCCGACUUUAUAUUUGAUAACUUCUUUACAUCAUAUCAUGGACACCGAACAGAUAAUGGAGAGCCAGCCACAGGUUCCAGAAAAUCCUCAUGCAGAAUAUGGUCUUGCAGAAAAUGUAGAGCGAAUAGCAGAAAAUGAGAAGACUAGUGCAGAGAAGACAUCAAAACAGAAGGUGGAUCUGCAAUCAUUACCUACACGUGCCUAUCUGGAUCAGACAGUUGUGCCCAUCUUGUUACAAGGCCUUGCAGUGCUUGCAAAAGAGAGGCCACCAAAUCCUAUUGAAUUCCUAGCAACGUAUCUGUUAAAAAAUAAGGCACAGUUUGAGGACCGAAAUUAAUUCCAAUGAAAGAUGACUACUUGACUGCUCAGCGUAUAUGCUUAAAUAAUCAUGAAUCAUUGUCUGAUGUAUAAUUCCUGCAAAACCAAAAAUUCAUUAUCAUCCCAAUUCUUUAGUCUUUUCCCCAAUUAUUUAAUAAAGUACCUAACAUUUUA